AUGUUCAUGCACACUCACUUUCUGCAGAGGAGGAAGAUCAAGCCUGCGCCCACCUCCGACUUGUCUCAUUUCACACAAGGCGAGCGUAGCGUUCUGGCAGCAGUGCCUGUGCCGAAGCGAAAGAAGGCCUUGCACCCGUUUUGGGUGGCUGCAGAGUCCAAAUUCAAGACACUGGUGAAAACUGACUUACAAUGCCUCCACCCUACAGUCCUGGCACCGGAGCUUUUAGAUCUGCCG